ACGUAAUGGACCCCCUAGAGCGCGCUCUUUUUCGAAAUCGAAGUGUUCUCGGAAACGUUUUUAUUGCGUCCAUACUCUUCCUUUCUCGACGAACGUGUGGGUAAUCGGCCAUGGAGGGGGUGAGCGUGCACACCUUUUAUACACUCCCGUGGACGAGUCGAACUCGAUGAGUUCGAUAACGCGACCCGUAGGCGACGUAGUUGAGCAGUCUCCUCUCGUAGUGUUUUUGAAAAUCGGUUGGCUGCGGAGUCGGCGGUGAUGCGUUUUUACAUGUAAUCUCGCCUGAUCGUCCGACAAUGAAGUGACCGUUCGUUUACGAAAAUCUCCCGUGCGGGCUCCGAUAUGUCGCCGAAUUGAUUUUAGUUUCCUUUCGUUUCCUUUUAAUCGGGCAUCGUCGCCGAGCGCAACUGUGCUUGAAAUGAACCUAUGAACCUAUGAACCUAAAAAUCUGACCCUCGUGCGUCACGUUUUAUGCCACGAUCGCUCGGGUCUCGCUGACGAGGCCGGAAAGAAAUUCCCCCGAUUUCUACGUAAAGGAUCACGUUUGAGGGACGAAGAUGGGCCGGUACACGGGAAAGAAGUGCCGCCUCCUGUCGAUGCUAUGGCUCACGGCAUUCUUCUUCCUGGUGGAGAUCAUCGUCGGAUACGUCACUAACUCGAUGGCGCUGAUCGCCGACAGCUUUCACAUGCUCUCGGACGUGGCGGCGCUGGUGAUCGCGUUCCUCUCCGUCAAGAUGUCGCCGAAGAAGUGGUCGAAGAACACCUUCGGCUGGGCGAGGGCGGAGGUGCUGGGCGCCCUGGUGAACGCGGUCUUCCUGGUUGCCUUGUGCCUGAGCAUCACCGUGGAGGCCUGCAAGAGGUUCAUCGAGGUCGAGGAGAUCCACGAGGCGAAACUCCUGGUGGCUGUUGGCGCCCUGGGACUCUUAGUCAACGUGGUGGGCCUGUGCCUAUUCCAUGAGCACGGGAAGGCGCACAGACACUCCCACGGGAUCUCUCGGAGCCAUAACCGAUUGAGCACCCUGGUGGGGACCGACGACAACGAGAACGACGAGACUUUCCGACCGCCUCCUCCACCGGUCAAGAGAAUGGCCGCCCAUGGCCAUUCCCACGGAGCGAGUCAGAUGAACAUGCGGGGUGUAUUUCUACACGUGUUAUCGGACGCCCUCGGCUCCGUUAUCGUGAUAGUCUCGGCACUUAUAGUCUGGCUCACAGACUGGGAGUACAGAUUUUAUAUCGACCCUGCGCUGUCGCUUCUUCUGGUCCUCCUCAUCCUGAGAUCCGUUUGGCCGCUUCUGCACGAGUCCGCCAUGAUUCUUCUGCAAACCGUGCCGACCCACAUCCAGGUCGACGCGAUCCAGCAGCGUCUUCUGGAGAACGUCGACGGCGUCCUGGCGGUGCACGAGUUCCACGUCUGGCAAUUGGCCGGCGAUCGCAUCAUCGCCUCGGCGCAUAUACGGUGUCGCAAUCUGUCGGAAUACAUGAAGAUCGCCGAGCAGGUCAAGGAGUUCUUCCACAACGAGGGAAUUCAUUCCACCACGAUACAGCCGGAAUUUAUACACUAUCAGUCGAAUAACGAGGUCAAGGAAACUCCUACGGAAGACUGCGUCCUCGACUGUCCGAAGACGGACAAGCCUUGCAAUCAAGCCACGUGUUGCGGUCCCUCCAAACAGGGCCGUGAGACGCCGUCGCCCCGGGAGACGCCGUACAUGUGCCGGCAGCGCAACAGCCUGGCUAGGUCGACGGGAUCCCUGGCCGACCCGGAGCAGCAGGAGGUGAACGAGAUGGAGCGCGGACAUCUCUUGUCGCCCCCGAGCUCCCACCACUCCGUCCAGCUGCAGCACAUCAACUCCCCGGCCGUGUGACUCCUAGAGCAGGCCCCAUCGGCUGCUCCUACUCCUCUGUGUACACGAGGCGCAAUAAACCAAUAGAGAGGCCGAGGUAGGGAGUGCCACGGCGUAACUCUCGGUGACGGGGCUCCAGGUCCCCCGGUAGACGUUUUCUCGAACUCGGGUCGCGUGGGAGCGGACUUUAAGGUCCCCGAGGUGUCUGGGUGGAGGUGGCGCCUCGACUGACAAUCCUGUGUUUCGUUAACUACUCCCGUGGUCGUUGCUUGCGGCGCCAUGUGCCCGUCGCAGGUUACUCGGUAACGAUUAAAGUAAGCAUGGCAGAGUGUAGGGAAAAUUUUCCAUUUUUGCGGCUUUUUAAUGUUAAUGUGAGAUGUACGAGGGCAGAUCGGACGCGGUCAAAAGACGUCGUUUAAUGCUGUAAGUCAGGUGAGUUAGGGAACAUCCUUAGCGCUAUGCUUACUACUAUUGUUACUCGAAGUGUCUGUGAAUGCCUUAAUCAUCGCUAUCGCGAUAACUCGGGCUUAUCGAUCAAUUAGACCGCGAUAUGGUUCCACGGGGAACCUGGCUCGCGAUGGCUGGGUCUUGAAGUUCACGGUAUACUCAGGCGGAAACAUUAACUGCAUCGCUGUUCCUGGGUUAUCAACGAUCACGAUUAGGAAGUGCGUUAACGCAGUUGAAGCGAGAUGAGAUGCGAGGCCUUCGAGAGGAGACCAAGAAGAUGAGAGUUCUCCCCCUUCUGCGACAUCUAGUAGUGGGAUUUGGUACUAUAAGACUUUAAUCUUCCACGGAUGGGAAGUCCUACUUGACUUGAAACGAGGGAAUUCAUAGCGGUUAAGCUUCCAUUUCUCAACCUCGUCUACGUCGCAUAUUUUCGACUCGAUACUUUUCGUACACAGGGGUGACUUAAAACCUAAUCUAACCUAACCUAACCUAACCUAAUCGCGCUUCAUUCGCCCACAGAACGGCGCGUUCCGAUGGCGGAAAGUCGGACCGACCGGUUCACUGCAGCCAACGAAUACACGCAUAAUAACGUUUACGAUAAUAAUAGAUGUAACGACGCUAAUGAUAAUUGUAACAAUAAUUUAAUGGACUUCUAGACGACUUGAGGUUGAAGCGCGUGCAUGUUUUGGAUGCGCGGUCACGAUGAUGAAGCGCGCAACUCCGGGAAAGAAAAUGGCGGACGGGGCGCCGAAUCGUCGACCUCGAAUUCCUGUAUAGAAAAUACAAUUUCUGCGGAGAAGAAUGAAGGAUUCCUAGCGGGGACGCGGUUGCGAUGCCACGAAACUCGCCGUUUGUUAAAUUUAUUACGCCUAGUUCGUCGAAUCGCGUUAAAACCGAUCCUCCCAAGAUGGCCGCUCUUUCAGUUCCCUACGUCGAGCGUUCUCCAGACCCUUUCGGCGUCGCCUUUUCCUCCAGGAGGGAGAUAAUGCGAUUCGUCGCUUUAUAGGGAGGUUUUUCUUAGGGACACAUCGUACGUUAAGUUCCUCGGGACCUUCGAAGAUUUCGAAUCGCUCGUCGGGCGCAAUAAGGACGCCUUUCGUUUAACCCAUUGGCAUCAUAAGGAAAUAUAAAAAAAGGGGGUCCUUAUCACCAAAUUUCAGGCUGAAUGAUAGUGACAAGUUAAAUUGAGCGUAUAUGCACAGUGGCGGACAUGAAGGCCUUCCCUGCAGAUACGACAUCGCCUGUGCAGGAUGGGAGGGCAUUGAUGUCUCCCAGUGUGCCAAUGAUGCAAAUGGGCUAACGAACGCCUCCGUUAUCGCGGAGGCGCUCCCAAAGUCGCAGUCGACAUUUUACUUAAGGACACCGGAAAUCCACGGAAAUGUUACGAUAAUCCCAAGUAUCGCGAGCAUUGUCAUGAUUGCGAAAAAGCGGAAACGCUAAGACGCGCGUUUUUAGGUAUCCCUUCCAGGGCCUCCGGUUGGCCGCCGUCGCACGACGCCAAAGACAGGCAGCAUUAAUUACACGUCUAAUUUAAUUACCAGUUGUGUCGCUGUUAACGGCAGUUAUAUAGUAGGGCGGUGCAUCUAAUCGAUGGUUGCGUUUCCGCCGUUAAUAAGGAAUAGUUGAUUAAACGUGGAGGUGCAAACGAGAGCGCUAAGUUUAAAGAUCCAGCCAUUCGCGAUUACCUCUUAAAGGUGGCUACCCGCUUAACGAUAAAUCCUGGCGAUAAUCUGUGCAGAUUAAUCGAGUCCCAUGGCAUGUAUCGACGCAUUCAUUUAAUCCGUAGAGAUCGGUUUACACGGGUUUAUCGCAACGAUUGUUAAAUUGAUCGUAGCAAUUGUGCUGUAGAUACAUCUACGGAUCGGUUUGCACAUAUUAAUCGCCACGAUUUAUCGUAACGGGUGCAGUCAUCUUAACGGAUCCCCGUUAACGUCGAAGUCAAUUGUUCUCGCGCAACUACUCCCCCGCAAUUCUUAUGAUUGAUUACGAGGCUAUUUGUGUACGUCGGUGAUUACGUGGGGCGGUUCCGUAGGCGAAUUAUUUUUCUAGGAUCGGCUAGAAGACUGGGAGCAUGGCUGGCCUUUUUAACGAGUAAUGAGACAUGCGUUCGUGGCGUUUAACUAGACUAUAGUUGUACAUUCUACGCGUCUUUUUAAUGUCGCUUAUCGGAAGUGCGUCGUCUUAAGGUGAUAUCAAAGGGUCAUUCUAUAUACCAAAACGUCACGAUAUAUGACGUUUUAUAUAUGACCCUUUCGUAUCGUUUUAAGUGACCUCGUGUGGCGAUUAAAUUGCAAUUGUAAUUAAGGCUGUCCAUGUCCGCACGACGCUCCGAGGGGAAUUCAUGUUUCGUCGUUUAUCGGCAGUAUUGCUACGUAUAUAUAUAUAUAUAUUAUAUUAUAUUAUAUAUUAAUUGUUAAGUGUAAAUCUCGUCACGUACUGAGGGUAUUAAAACGCACGCCCUGUCGGCAUGCGCGAUACAUUUUUUGCGCCGACCCGGGGAGGAAUUUUGCCUUUAAUGAACGAUCAUGUUCAGCCUCUUGACGUAAAUCGCGUUUUUAGGGAAUAUUUUGUAAAGCGCAUUCGUACCAAACGUUAAUAAUCAUCCGAGAGGCGCCUUGGAUGGGACUUCCUCGAAAUAGAAAAGAAUUCCCGAAGAUGUUCCGGAAGAGCGAGCGUGAUUAAUCGAUUAAGAAGUCGAUCGAGGGGGGAAAAGGAAAAAUCAAUCAUGUAAUUGAAACGUAAUCAGUUCCGCUCGGAGGAGUGAUAGAAAUAAUUUCCGGUCUCUUCUUAUAUUCCGUUUCCAUAACGCCGGAAGUCAUUGAGAAUUAAAUUACCGCGGGAAAUUAAUCAGGCGCUUCGACGAAACGUUUUUCCGAAACGCAUCGACAAAAAUCAAUGGAAAUGGAUUUUCUUGAAUGAAGAAAAUCUUUUUGGCGUUUUUUACAUUUUUUUUCUUCCUGCGAUUUGGGGGGAGAAAAAUAUGCCAUUCGGAGAUUAUUGUCUGGUAGGAAUGUUUAUAUCAGGACGCGAUUAUUAAUCGACUUGCGGGCUCAGAUUCUGCGGACGAUUGGGCGUUUCUCUGAGACUUCUUUUAUUUCACGCGGUAAAGACGUAUGUACAUAAAAAGUAAGAUGAAAUAUUUAUAAACCGAUGUUAUCGAGGUAUAGAGAAAUAUAAGUUUUAUCCACCGAG